GGGAUAGAGGGAGACUGAGAGGUAGCAGCAGAUGGACUGCUGCACACUCACAAAGGACAGAUUGUAUGUUUGACAGUAUGUGUGUAUGCAUGCAUACUGUAGCAGAGCAGGAACUGUUUGUAGGAUAAUGGUUGUGAAGGAGUGAGUCCAUAUCCUGGAUGCAGAGAGGAAUAAUCCUCUUGAGCAGGGAAAAAAAACAGGGGGAUAAAGACAAGUGACAAAGAGGCAGAACACUUUCGCUCUUCACACUUGCUUUCAGGUCAACCUGAGUAAAAAAAAAAAAACAAGCACAGUAGCAAACCAAUGUAUGUGACAGGAGAAUCUCGAUAAAUGCUACGGAUUUCUUGUUUGCUCGGUUUUACUUUUUUUUCACCUAAGAAAAGUACAGCAACUUAAGGUAGAGUAGCCUGGCUCGCUUCGGAAGCUGAGGGAUCCUCUAUGGUGAAGAUGAGUCUGGAUCCUGUGCAGGUGAUGAGCGGACAGGUGGAGGAGCUCAAAGUCGCCCCUUCGUCCAACGGGGACAGCAGAGGAUCAUGGGAGGAGAAGGAAGAGCUUGACCAAGACCACCUGGUCCUGACUUCCAAGCCAAAAUCAGUGACAGGGAGACGAGCCCGGAAGGUGGAGGGAGGCGUGUUCUUCCCGAAGCCAGAGAAUGCCGUGACCGUUGCCGUUUCUUCUCGCGUCUUGUUUCGGACCGAGGUGGAGCAGAAGGUGUUCGAGCAGAAGGGUGUGGAGGAAUAUCUGAGAUACCAAAUCGAACACGAGAAUGAACCCUUCGCCCCUGGACCUGCUUUCCCCUUCGUCAAGGCUCUGGAGGCGGUCAAUGCUCGUCUGCGGGAGCUGUACCCACAAAGUGAAGAACUGUUCGACAUCGUUUUGGUCACGUACAACCAUGCGCAUGUAGGAAUCCGGCUCAUCAACACCAUCAACCAUCACAACUUGUUUAUUGAGAGGUUUUGUAUGACGGGAGGAAGCAGUCCUAUCGGCUACUUGAAGGCCUGGCACACCAACCUCUACCUGUCUGCUGACGCUGACAAGGUCAGGGAGGCGUUGGCUGAAGUCUGA